CACCAACAGCCCUGUACUGAGUACUGUACAGUACUCCUACCAAUUAACCCAACAUUACCGUGCUCCCUCAAUCACACCGCUAACAAACAAUAAUAACCCUCACUCUCAGUUCUCUGAAAACUACUGGAACCCAAUCGACCACUACCUUCUCCCCAACCAGCCUUGUUGCUGCGUAUCCCGGCAGCAACACUCCCAGCAGACUGUCUUCUUUCACUUUACACCUCACACACUCUCCCAACAUCUAUCAACUCCCCAACCCUCUAACGAAAGAAUGCCUUUCCGCGAUGCAAUCCGAGAGAUGAGCGGGUUCCAUCGGGACGAGGUAACUACUUCCAAUCCCCCCACCACUUCGUCGGCUCCAACCUCUUCUUCGUCUCCCCCUCCUCCGAGAAGUAGUGGGGGCGGAAGGGGAAUGAUGGAUCGGAUGGCUGAUGCUGGAGGAAAUUUACGACUUCGUCGGAAUGAAAUGAAGUUACGACCUGAGGACCCUUAUCUUAGCUAUUACGAUGUUUGCGUUACCAAAGAAGACAUCGACUGUUUAAAGGGAGACUGGUUGACAGACAAUAAUAUCUCGUUCUGGGAGGAAUAUCUUGAACAUGAAGAGUUGAAAAGUCCUAACAAUAAAGUUAUGCUGUUGAGACCCUCAAUGGUGUUCCUGCUAAAGAACACCAAAGAUCCGCUUACGCUUGAGUCUGCUCUACCGGAUGUAAAAAAAGCCUCUCACAUCUUCCUCCCCAUUAACGACUGCCGCAAUCCUUCAAUUCCUGAGGGUGGAACACAUUGGUCCCUUCUCGUUGUCGGAGUCAGCGACCGUGUAGCUUUCCACUAUGAUUCGCUCUCGCCUGCAAAUUGUGGCGAGGCUCGAGAGGUAUGUAAGAAGCUGGGGGUUUUACUCGGGUUUUCGCUCCAAUUUUUCGAUCUAGAGGAUACACCACAACAGGACAACGGGAGCGACUGUGGGGUACAUGUUUGCUGGGCGAUGAAACACUUACUCGUUAAGAGGCUCUUGGCAGUAGAGCGUGAGAAAGCAGUGCAAAUGACUCUUCGGGGGAAACGAGUUGACGCAAGCGGUUAUCGGAAGGAAAUGUUUAAGAUUUGUGAAGGAUUGAGAAAGAAGGCUUCCAGGAGUACGAGCCCUCGCACGUCGAAACACGAUGGAAAAGAUAGUCCUCCGAGGAUUGGCGAUGAUCAAACUUAAUUUUUUUUUUCUUUGCUCGCGUUGCAUUACACCAUUACUCCUUUUUCAUUUUUUGAUUAAUAACAAUUAUCGAAAAAGGGUAUACCC